AUGGAUAUUAUCAUGUAUUUACAUCAUACAUUAAUCCAGAAUGUCAUCAUCUGCCUUAAUGGCAUUUUAAGUACUUCCGUUUUAUUAGGCAGUGUAGGUGGGCAGAUUCUAAUAGCAUCCAGACAAUAUCAAACAGUGCUAGACAGUGAUGGAUUUUCCCUGGCAUUUAUCUAAAUAUCAGCAUGGGGAAAUGCCUCUUUGUAACAGCUCUCAUAAACUCCCCAGUUUGUACAAUGAAUAUAAAUUCACCCGCUUACUCUGACUUUGUUCUGCAGGUGUCCCCUCCUCCACCUAAGUCCAAGUGGCGAGGACUAUCUGCCAAAUUAGGCCGGGGGGAGCAGAAGUCUACACAGGCAGGCCGCAGUGAAGGCCAAGGAACCUUGUCAAGGAUCUUCAAAAUGGGAGGAAGUAGAUCUGGGUCACCUGCCAAGCGCUGAUGUCCCUUCUUCCCAUUCCUUUUUAAUGCCAAAAAGGGUGUAUUUGGAAGAAAAAGGAAGCCAACGAGGGAGAUGAAGCAAGAAACCGGAUUGAUAGCCUGACCACUGCCCUGCCGCUAACGCACUAACGCUGGCCUUUGCGUCUCCACCUCACGGCUCAGCCGCUGCGUCUAACCCGUCCUCCGGGACACAAGCAUGGCCGUCGUAACCAGAAUCACCGAUAGCCUUCUCGCGCACGCAGCCUCGAAGGGUCUCAUUCCCCCUUUCUGUCUUUUUUCUGUUGCUGUUGUCGUCGUUGUCAAAGUGUCGAACCCUAACAGUGGGGACUGGAACAUCGGCGGGCUUGGUAACCAGCCCAUCCGGAACGUUCCCUUUCCGUCGCCUCUCCCAUGUUUUCUUUUUUCCAUGUCUCCCCACUCUCCCUUUCCGUAUUUGCUGUGUUUACCGCCUAACAGAUUAUUAGUUAUUAGAGUAGCAUAGAAAUGCUUCUUGUGACUCUUCUUGUCAUCUUGUGCAGAUUAGUGUCUUUGGUUGUAAAUGUGUAGCCCAAUCACUCACGGUCCGUGUGUUUUCACUCCGAGCAUCUUGCUCAAACUGCAACCGAAACUGCACAGAUUUUAAUACCUCCAUCCCAUCAUAACGUACAGGCAGUUUGCCUGGAAUCUGUAAUGUUUAGCGCCUGAUCUUGUUGGCUGUAAAAUUGGAGGGGAAAAUGACCUACAAGGGUUGUAAUUUAACCAAUUAUAUAUAUAUUCAUGGUACCCACUGAUUUUCUAUCUGCUAACUAUUCUCUUUAGCAUGAACACAUCAUUAAUUUAAUUAAUUAAUUUAAAAUUUUAACGGUAAUGGGACGCCAUUUUCCCAGCCAAACUUUAAGUAGAUUAAAAGUCUGUCUGUACUGCACUGUUUUUGUGACUGUGAGGAAACGGCCUUCACCGAAUCAAGUUCUGGGGGGCAUUAGUAUAAUUAUCCUGGUCUUUACAUCAUGAUAAAUUUAACCCCCCACCCACUACCCACCCCAAGCCAUAAAAGUGUAUUUUUUGUUGUAUGCUAUCAUAAUGUCUCGUGUUUGUUACAUUUGUUAUCUGUCGAAAUAAAAAAAAUUGAAUAGCUAGUUAACGCAAUGCCAUUUGUAAACGCAAGAGAAUUACUGCCCCAUGAUUGUGUACCUUUGUUUUCCUGUGUCCUGUUGAAAGUGUUUCCGGCUGUCGGGAAAAACAGACACAUCCUUUUUCGCAUCUAAGCAAACACUGGGAUAGAGAGGAAUAGGACAGGUUGCCAAAAAGUUUGUUGAGUGUCCUGAGGAACAGAGGGACGGAGAUUGAUUCAUCUCCACCGUGGUUUUGCCCACGUUCAUCCCCAAAAACAACAGCACCAUCUGUGUAUUUAAAGUAAGCUUCAGCCUGCGUACGCAUGUCUCUGUGUGUGCGGCUCAUGCGAAUCAGUUUAAACCUAGAAGCCUUCGCUGUCCCCGGCACAAACAAAAUGACCCGCCUCUUAACUUAAAUAAAAGCCAUUUAAAAGUU